UAAUCGGAAGAAUUCAAAGGAAACCCACUGUUCUCAUCUACCCCCUGUUCGAACGAAACCAGCGAGCGGCAGAGGUGGUAAUCCAGAGUAUCUUCGAAGCUAGACGAUGAGCUGAACUCCUAGUAGCGGUGCUCUUUCAUUCCCACCUAUAGUUGAACCAACUGCAGCCGUGGAUCUGUCUCCUCUCAAUAUCAGACUAAAUCCCCAAUAUGAUCGACGGUUUCUGAGUCAUCAUAAGCUUCUGCUCAUACCCAUCGAUAGUUGUAGAAGAUUCGAAGAGUGAGUAAAGUGAUACAAUCUUGAUUCCUCCGUUUCGUCAAGUGAUUCCAGGCCGAAAUCCCCACUAAGCAUUUAUAAUUCUGGUGCAACAAUGGAUGUUCCUUCACCAACCCCUGGUUGGAGCAACAUCGUUAAGAAACCACCACGUCCAACACAGCAAGAAAGUGCAGUGAACCGGGUUUUUGAGAGUUGUAAAUCAAGUAAAGGGAUCGCUGUUGCUGUUGUUGAUGCCAAUGCUUUGAUUCAAGGUGGAGAGAAGCUGGCCCACAUUGCUGAUAAGUUUGUUUCAGUGAGUGAAGUCAUGGAGGAGGUGCGAGAUCCAGUCUCUCGACACCAGCUCACUUUUGUACCUUUUACAGUGGAGACCAUGGAGCCUUCGCCUGAAGCAUUAAAGAAAGUUAUCAGCUUUGCCAGGGCAACUGGUGAUCUACAUACUCUUUCAGAUGUUGAUCUAAAACUUAUUGCACUGACUUAUACAUUGGAAGCUCAGAUCCAUGGGAUAAAGCAUCUCAGGGACAAUCCUCCACCAAUCCAUAUAGUAAAUGUAAAAAGGCUUGCUGAGAAAGAGAUGCCUGGAUGGGGCUCUAAUGUUCCUAACUUGGAAGAAUGGGAGGCUUUGGAACAUGCAGUUGAUACUGAAGGAAACCAUAAUUCGAGAAUCCUCCCUUUGAAAGACUUGAACUUGAAUACCAUCCCAGACAAUGUCCAGCUUAAUUGUGAAGAUGCUUCAACAGAAAAUGGUGGUGAAUCUCACUGUGAUGAUCAGGAUGAUGUUAAUCAUAGUUCAAAGGAACCUAGAAGAUAUAUGCAUACAAAGAAAGAGAUAAAAAUUGAAGGGAAGAAGAUGGUAGCCAAUGGAAUUGAUGCUUCUCAGGGACAAUUUGAUGAUAAUUCUAAUAAUUGGCUGCCUGCUGUGAGUCGCAGUACUCACAGAAGGUAUCUCAGAAGAAAAGCUAGACGUGAAUUGACCGAGGCAUCAUUGGAAAAAGAAGAUUACCCAGAUGUAGAGACUGAUGUGAAAAAUAAUGUUGAGGAGACUAGAUCGCAUGGUCUAAAUAACAGUUCUGAAGGAAUGCAAACCAUUAAUGUGAUUUCAGUAGAUGUAACUACUGAAGAGAAGUAUGAUGAUAAUGAUCUUUCUUCCAUCUUAAAGCAAAUGAGACUGGAAGCAGAUCCAUUGGAGAUUCUGCAAGAAGAUGAGGAGCAGAUCUUGUUUUCUGUGGAGCAGGGCACUUGUGAUCCUGUGGCAGUUGAAGCUAUAUCUAAUAAUACAAAUACUGCUGCUGAAAGAAAUGUUGAAAUAUGUAAAGAAGCAUCAAAACAGAUGGAGAUUUCAAGUCAGACCACUGAAACUAUUGAUGCAUCAUCUGUUGAUGACAACAGUAGUGAACAAAGUUGGAUGUUACGGUCACUAUCAGAGUCAACUGUGGCAUGUUUGACAAGUGAUUUUGCAAUGCAGAAUGUUAUUCUACAGAUCGGUCUACGUCUCUGUACACCUAGUGGAAUGCAGAUUCACGAACUGCAUAGGUGGAUUUUAAAAUGCCAUGCCUGCAAUAAAGUGACUGCUGAGAUUGGGAGGAUUUUUUGUCCAAAAUGUGGUAAUGGUGGGACUUUACGCAAAGUAGCCGUUACAGUUGGUGAAAAUGGGGUCAUUCUAGCAGCUCGUCGACCACGUAUAACCCUUAGGGGUACAAAAUUUUCACUGCCUUUACCUCAAGGUGGAAGAGAUGCAAUCACCAAAAACCUCAUUUUACGUGAAGAUCAGUUACCACAUAAAGUCCUGUACCCCAAGAUAAAGAAGAAAUCAAAUAAACAGGGAGAGGACAUUUUAACUUCUGACAAUAUCUUUGGCCCAGUUUCUGGCAAGAAAGCUCCUUUGAAACCUCCAAUCAGACAAGCAUUAGCAGUUUUCAGUGGAAAGAGGAAUCCUAAUGAUAAUCAUUAUUCUCGUUCUAAGCACUAGUUCCAUUAGGCAGCUCAAAUGGUGGCUUCAUCGCCUCUUUUUCAUUUCUUUAGCAUUAAUAUUCAGAAUGAGCACAGAAAAUGCACAUCACAUAGGAUCUAGUGGGUUUAUGACCAAAUCUGCCCCUUUCCUUUUUGAUUUUUUUUAGAACUUUUAUUUUGAACGGAAAGAUGGGCAGGUCUGGAGCCUUCUCGGACAUGUCUAUGGUUUUAUUCUAGCUUCUAUUACUGCACUUUCCCUUUGGCUCGGUUUGUUUGUGGUGCGAGUUUCAUCUUCAAUGGUGUAAAUGCAUGAUUGCAAAUAGGUUCGGUGUAAUUUUUUCUUUUAACCUGUGAUAUCUUUUUGUUUUUUAGAAGUAAAAAUAGUAUAUAAAAAUGAAGUAAUCUCCACUUUAUACACGAAGCCAGUCGAUGUGUUCUCUGGUUUACAUGAGAAAGAAUUGGGGUAGGAAGGUGGUGCGAAUUUUGCAAUAGUUUUUGAAAUACAAAAUUUUUGCUGCCUGAAGUGCAAAUGAGACAAUGAUCAAAUUUUAUAUUAGGUAGGACCAUUUGCAGGAAUCUUCUCUACCAAGAAGCAAGUACGAAAAAGAUGUUUGCAUUAACAAGCAUACAAGUGUUUGGGGUUCAUGGUGGAAAGACCAAUGGGGUUACAAGUGUUGCAAACAAAUGAUACGGAACACUUUGCACAGGUGCAGCUGGAACUGAGGCUGCUGAAGCCACAUCUGAUCUCAUGAUAUAUAUCUAACCGAUGCAGGAGCUGAAGAGACAAAAUUGGAACUUUCUGAAUUUUUUUUUGUAAUUUUUGGACAGUAGGUUAUUAAGUCUUUGAAUUGACUAGUUUAGUGGUUAUUCUUUUUGGUAAUCUUCUAUUGUUGAAGUUUUUACUUGAGUGAUUACAGUCUGUAAAUAUGUGUAUACACUAGGAUCAAUGAAGCUUAUAUGAGUUCCUAUA